AUGGAGCGAACUGCCUCUCAAUCUGUACUUGCGCUUAGACUGCCAGACCCUCGCUUCAGCGUCGACUUUGCGAACUACGCUGUCGAUGCCAAAGCAGUUGCCACUUCCAAAAAGUAUAUGCAGGACUUGUUCCCCGGUCAAAACAAGCCUUUACCGCCGCCAAAAGUCCAGGCACCGCGUCACCCUAUCGGGCGUGCAAAGCGUCCAUGCGAGUUACAGGAACGGCGUAGUCCCAUACCGAUGGCCUCACAGAUACCGGACGACAAGUGGGACGCGCAUACAAUAGAGUGUAUGAUAAUGCUUGACGAAUCUCCUGUCGGCAUGUUAGAUCGAUCUUCGGCUUCGUCGGAUUCAACCACGACCUUAUCUGCCGCAUCCUGCUCUACCAUCACUAUAUCUACCAGUGCCACAAGUAUCCCAGCACGUACACCAGGAGCUAUCAGUGGUCGGCAGAUGUCGACUCGUACUUUUCUUCAACUUCCGUCAACGAUCGUUAACCACAUCCUAUCAUACGUCUUCGCUGAGGAGCGGGCCGUCUCCAUCACACCAUACCAGUCUCGCAUCGUCCCCCAGCAACGUCGCCGUCAUCGUCACGGUCCAAACGCUGUUGACAUACGAUCUUUCAUGAUGCAACCUGCACUGAUGGUUUGUAAGCAGUUUCGUGAGCUGGGAUUGGACAUUUUAUAUCGCGACAGCCUGUUUCUCAUCGAUCUAUCAGAGGUUGGUGGCACCAGUUCUUGUCGCGAGAAGGAAGAUGGCAAGUACUGGGGAUGCUGGACGAGUAAUGCAUCUCCGCGAAUGGUCCGGACAGUACUCACUCGUGCUUCGAAUAUUCGCCUCCAACUUCCAGUUCCUAGUGCAGAAGCUACAAUUGUACGAAGCGCAACAAAGAGAAAGAAGGACGCCCAGGAAGAGACAUCUAUCAUUGUCGAUUCCUUACGCGCGGUUACCAGCUUGAUUACUGGUCUGAACAAGAUUCAAACUUCGCAAACCGAGCUAUCUCGCUCAGCAAGUCCACCAGGCCCGAAGAUCCUGCGCCGCAAGCUCAGCUUUCGAUCCGCAAAGCGUCCUGACUCACUAGAAUUCGUAUGUCGUGGAGAUUCGCCACCGCUACAGCCGCGACAACCCUUGGAUACAUUGGAGGUCGUACUCGUAAAGAGUAUUGCAGAUACUGAAGUAAACAGCCUGACGCUGGACAUGGUAGCCAUAUGUAGCAGCAUCCCUGUAUCUGGAAUCCUUGAAUACCAUCUUGAAAUCGACGGAAUGCGGAGGCUUUGGGCCAAGCGAGAAAAGGGAAAAUGGCUAGGUAGUGAGCCUGAUGGAAACAAACUCCUUUGUGAUUUGAGGGCCUUAGGACAGUCAAGUCCAAAAGUGGAGGUCGCGCAGGUUCAUGAGAAGCGCAAGCAAAUCAGUGAGCAGCCUAGGGUACGUGCGGAUGUGAUUCACAGGGAACGCGCGCUGCCCGUCCAACAAGCGUCUAGCGGCAGGCCCAGCUUAGACGGACUAUCACAACAACGAAAUGUUCCAAAAACGCGACCGUCCAACGAUGGCAUCGUUGCAAGGAAGAUUAAAGAAAUGGAAAGUCUGUCCAAAAUCAAGCUUUUGAAAGGAAACAAGCAGCCGCCAACUGUUGAGGAGCUUCAACAGAUCGCUGCAGACAUUAGGAGGGGUGUUUAUUAG